UCUCCAGAACAAAUAGGCAUGGAUAAUAAAUGCUGGCAAAGCCAGAAAUGCCUAUAUCCCUUGUCAGAUUUUUUUUUAAAAAAUGAGGGAGCUAAAUUAUGUUUAUACUUUUAAAGGAAGCGGAAAAGUACAUUAGAUUCCCCCAUGCAUACACGUAGAUAACCACCUACCUGUGGACCUUCCUCCAUAAGGCCAUUGAACACCACAUGAACUGCACCAGUUCAAAAAGGCAGUUCACCACCACCACCACCUCAAAUGAAAUUAGGGACAGAAAGCAAAUGCUGGCCAGUCAGCAAUGCUGACACCCCAGAAGUAAAUUUAAUAAAAAAUCUGGAAGUUUAUUUGUUUGAACAUCAAUUACUGAACUUAUUUUUUUUAAAGAUUCUGGUGGCAUUGCGACAUUUACACUUUAAGAACAUUGUACACUGUGACCUGAAGCCUGAGAAUGUACUACUUGCCUCAGCAGAUCCUUUCCCUCAGGUAAAGCUCUGUGACUUUGGAUUUGCUCGUAUUAUUGGUGAGAAAUCAUUCCGACGAUCUGUGGUGGGAACCCCAGCCUACCUAGCCCCAGAAGUCCUCCGGAGCAAAGGCUACAACCGGUCACUUGAUAUGUGGUCAGUGGGGGUUAUAAUCUAUGUAAGCCUCAGUGGCACUUUCCCAUUCAAUGAAGAUGAAGAUAUUAAUGACCAGAUUCAAAAUGCAGCAUUCAUGUAUCCACCAAAUCCAUGGAAAGAAACCUCUAGCGAAGCCAUUGAUCUAAUUAACAAUCUGUUACAAGUAAAGAUGAGGAAACGCUACAGUGUGGACAAAUCACUCAGUCAUCCUUGGCUACAGGAUUAUCAGACAUGGCUAGAUCUCCGAGAGUUUGAGACCAGGAAAGGAGAGCGUUACAUCACACAUGAAAGUGAUGAUGCAAGAUGGGAGGAAUAUUCCCUGGAACACAAUCUCCAAUACCCCAAACACUUCAUCAUGGCACCGAAUUUGGAUGAUAUGGAGGAAGAUCCUUAAUAUAUCAAACUGAACAAACUGCCAUGACUGAUUAACAUCACGGCUAUGUUGUGGAAAUGUACGCCACUGGGGUAAAGGAAGCCAAGACUUGUUGCUGCUUGUCGUACAGCACAGCCAAAGUGGAUUAGAUACUGCCCGGCUCUUUACAUCAGUCCAUGUGACAAUAAAGAGGAAUGAUGUAAAUGAAGACUGUGGAAACCUGUAGCAUAUUUCAGUUACACAGGUGCAGACUUGGUGACUGGUGUAUGUGGACAAAGAGGACAAAUGAAUGCUGUGAGCUUUAGAUUUUAAACCAAACAUUCCUUUUCUAGUAUUUAGCUGGUUUAAUACUAUUCACCCAAGUACCUCUCUGGUAACUAGUCACUUUGUACCAAGCCAUAAAUGUAUUUGUUUACUAAAUGCAAAGCUAGAUCAGACAAUCUCUUUUUCGUAAGUGUUUUAUUUUUAAGAGAUAGAAAGUUACUGCGAAAAAUUGUCCUUUGCAGGACAAGGGCUAUUGCUCGGACCAAAUUCAGUUUAAAUAAGGAUCUCUGCUUACUAAGGUUGGUUGGCACUUUCAGAGUUGAUCAUCAGUUUGUUCCAUUUUGUAUACACGAUUGAGAAAGUAUUACCAUAUGAAGGGUCUCUUAAGAAAUGGCAUUAUCACUUUCAUUGAUUACAUUGGGAAGUUGAUGUCAUUGAGUUACCAAAACUUUCUUGUAUGUAAGUCUUAUGAUAAUAUAAAGCUAUAGCAUCUCUUUCCUAAUGCUGAGUAUAACAUUGGCAGACCAAUAUCUCCAGUAGUCGCUCAGUUGCUGAUCCAUGUGUACUAUGGUUCAAAAUAUAGCAGUCACUGUUACAAUGAAGUGAUAUUGAUUGGAUUAGAAUGAAGAAAUGGUGCUAAAGGAAGAAUACUGGAGUCCUAAAAUCCACCUACAUCCGGAACCCAUUAUACCAGAUUAAGCUAUAAAUUCUAGAGUGGAACAACGAUGCAGCCGGAGGGAACACAGUUUCUAGGGUUUAGUUGGAAACACGUACUAUAUUGCCCUCUUGCCACUAGAAGGCACUGUGGAGACAUUUUUCUUUGAAGGUGCCAGGAAGUCCACUCAUUUAUUUAACUCCCAGCGGUGACUAGUACUGUUGUAAACAAUACAGAUUUGUCUUGUCAUCUGUCUUUGUGAUAGCAGAAGGACAAAUCCCAUCUGUGCGAAGCCCAUUAUUUUCAUUUUUUAACUGUUUUAAGAUGCUGCAGGUCUGUGUUCCACAAGUUGACAAUGAGUCACUGUUCUGUCGGCUGCUAUCCAUCAGAUUACUGGCAGCAGGAAGUGAAUAAGUAGUAUUCUGUGCCUGCAUCUGAACAAUCAAAUGAAGAUCUUUGCCACAUCAUUCCAAACAGAGAGCAGUUUUAAUGGAUAUAGAAGCAAAGAAAAAAUAGUUGAAUGGCCUUGUUGUUUAUGAUACCAAGAAGGCACACAUUGGCAUUACAGACAAAAACCAUGACAGCACCUGGAUAUGAUGAUUCUGGCCUCUAGAUAUUUGCUCCCUUAUGGUUGAGGCAGUGUAAUUUUUUAGUAGUUGACGCCUUUGACUUCAACCUUCACAUAAGAACAGUUUGUCUCUGAACUGGUGGGAGAUGGUAGGCCUGGUGUGGUGGGUGUGGGUAGGGAAAGUUUUGCUGUUGUCCUGCUUCUCGUGCUGUUUUAUUAAGAGGAGUUUUACAUGAAAUGUGUAUUUUUAAAAUUAUAUAUAGAUGGAGCCUAUGGCACAGCCUUUUUUAAAAAAAAACUGUCAGUUCAAACACUUGAGAAAUUUCACAGGCUGAAAUGCAUAACUUGAAGAUAGGCUAUGCAAUUUGAAAGAAAACGUGAAAGUGAGCGAUCUCCCCCUCACACAAGCUUGUGCUUGUUUCCUUACUGUAUGCACUCUGAUGUAUAUAAGUGUCUAAUUGACAUUAAAUAUUCCACUCGUACAUGUUUUUAUUCAAAAAUACUUUAUAUUUCCCUCCUGAAGUUGGAAAGCAACUUUUGUAAAUCAUGUAAUUAAAAUUCAACAGUUUGUUUUUACCAGAUGUGUUCCUUUGAUAAAAUAAAUAUCACAGCAUACAACAGCAAUAUUUUAAGGAUUAGAAAUUAUAGGUGAAAAAUGAAAGAUUGAACAGUAUGUUGAUUGAUAUGCGCUCCUAUUACAAAGAGCAAUUGUCUACCAUUUUUCAAUAUUGGCAGGCCUAAGAUUGGUGAUCACCACUGGUGAUCUAAAGUUCAUUUUCUCCCCCGACAACACAGGCCUGUUGGCAACUAAACCUUUAGCUGCUUAGUAUCAGUACUGUAGCUGUGAGGUUCACCAGAUCGCAGGUAGUAUCAACUAGACUUGGGCAAGUAUCUGGCUAUAUGAGCAGCCUCCCAUUCAUAUAAGGCUGAACUGCAGCCACUUCCAUGCCUCUUUUUGUUCCACCACUGGAGACUAAUGAAUGGAUUUGAAAAGUAGAAUUUUUCCAGUAACCAUUUCCAACUGGGUGUAUUCAUAGCUUCACAGUGUCCAUUGCAAAGCGUGCCUUGAAGCUGAGUUUUCUUUUGUUUGGGAGAGAGAAGUACCCAUGUUGCCCAAGUUGAUGCAUGCAAGUACUUGCAUGAUAUAUGUUGAUGUUUGCGUGAACCUCAAAUAGUGCAGCAUCAGGAGAAAUCCAGUUUCUCAGCAAUAAAGAGUGUUUGCUACAGUAUUGUUGCAAUUCACAUUUUCGACCUCUGAUUGUAUCUUUUUUAAUCCACCAAAAGGCCCAGCUUAUUGGAUGCAUGUAAAUCUGAGAACACAGUGAAUUGCUUUCAAUAUUAACGUUGUUAUUUUCAAAUAAAAACCAAAAGAACUGCGGAUGCUGUAAAUCAGGAACAAAAACAAAGUUGCUGGAAAAGCUCAGCAGGUCUGGCAGCAUCUGUGAAGGAGAAAACAGAGUUCAUGUUUUGGGUCUGGUGACCGUUCCUCAGAACUGUUCUGAGGAAGGGUCACUGGACCUGAAACGUUAACUCUGUUUUCUCCUUCACAGAUGCUGCCAGACCUGCUGAGCUUUUCCAGCAACUUUGUUAUUGUUAUUUUUCAAAGCUUUUUCAUUGCCAUAUCCCAUUCUAUUUGAGAAAUCUUCUCCAGCCUUUAAUCCCAAUCUGCAGCCUCAACUUCUUUGAUCUAGAUCGUAAAUUUUGGAUUUACUGUAUCAUCAGAGAUGGUAUUACAGCUACAUGUAGACCUCUCCCAUUCUUUGCUAAAUUUAUCUCACCUAUUGCAAUUCUCCAUGUUUUUAUGCAGCUGCUAAAAACCUCUUCAACUGUGCCUUAAAUCACUUCCCUAUCUCAAAGUUUCUAUAUUUCUUGUUAAUAUCUACCCUUCACUUCUGUAAAAUGCUGUUUUAUGAGACGAGUGGAAUAAAAAUGCAAAUUGUUGGCAAACUACUUUUCCACAUAUCAAAAAAUCUGUCCCUUCUUAAAAAGAUACAUUGUUGCAAAAUAAAAGUAUAUGAUUUAACUUAACAGUGCUGUUUGGAUCUUUUAAAUUCAUGUCAAAAAAACUACUUUAAGAUGCUAUAGUAUCAGUUCUUUUUUAACUCAAAAAUAUAUUCAACCAGCAUUGCAGCUAAAACAAAAAUAAAUCAAUUUUCUAUCAUGCUGCAACUUUAAUUGAAACAUAAUAUUCCAUUCUGUCAUACAAUGUCUGUUAUAAAGUUAGGUUCAAAGUUUGUUUUCGAGGGAAACAACAUGUAGAAUUCAGAAUAAGGUUCUCCUGUGGAGUGUUCUGACAUUAAAAAUUUCCACAUAUUCAUGAUGCUGUUUGAGAGGUUAAAGUAGAUAAAUAAGCUAUGGUUUUACCCAUAUGCAAUGCGAGGAAAAAUUUUCAACAUUUUAUAUGCUUACAGUUUGUACAAAUGUAUAGGGACCACUAAAUUUGAACAUAGCUUACUAUAGCAUUUGUUGCUAUUAGAAUACCUGAAGAAGAGGCUAUUUCGAAGCACUAGCUGUAAUGAGACCAACACUUUACCUGAGAAUCAUUUUUUGAUUUUGUUUUGUUCGCAUUUUGUGAGCUUGCUGUCUGCAAAGUUGAACAAAUAGUUGAGUUUUAAGUAAUCUUUUUUGGGGGGGUGUGGGAGUAGUUCUUAUUUUAUGCUUUAGCUUUAGACUGUUCUGCUCUUAUUGUAUAUUUAAGUGUGCUAUACUUUGUCCUGCAUUUGUUACAACAGUGUGUUAUUUGAUAAAUAGAUCAUGCACUCCAGUACUGGAAGAUAAUAUAAGAAGUGAAGUACCUGGUUAUAGUCUCAAACAUUUCCAAAAAUAAACCUUAUGCAGUGCUUUUGCUCUGGUUUCAUAAGCUUUUUUUUAUAUUGAAAGUGCGAUAUCUGUUGUCUUUGCUCUAACCCUUUGAUUUUAAGUGCAAUUUUGGCAAAGGAAAAACAUUUAAGUUUAGAGUCUAUUUUAAAAGAUUUAAGAUAUUGUCAAGAAAAAGGUUUACCUUAUCUUCUGAACCUAUUAUGAUUAGGGGUGUACAAAUAUACCAGUACUUGGAUUGUGACCUUGUGUAAUCAAAUUAUUAUAAAAUAUUUAAAAAAUUGAACACAGCUGAAAAGAUGUCGCAACAUAUGUUUUGUACAGCCAAAUAACAUGUGGAUUCCGCUUGGAGAAUCAUUUUGGUUUAGCAUUAAGUUUGGCUGCACACACCUAAUUAACAACCAGAACCAAACUGGGCACCAGAAAAGGUACAGAUACAAAGUUACCACAUUGGUGGAGCAAAGAAUGUGAAAUUCAAGUUUCCCUUUAAAUUUCAGUUGAUCUAGGAUUUUUUUCUUUUUAAAAAUGCAAAACUAUAUGAUUACCAAUCAUGGUCAACAUAAAAAUGUUUGCAUUCCUCAACUUUAACCUAUUUAAUAGGGAUCAUCUUUCAUUGUUGCUGUUUUCCUUAAGACGUGCUGAAUGUUCUGCAGUUGACAUUGUGUAGGUAGCUUUAUGCUGAUUAAUAAGUUAAACUGUGUCUGUAGAUUGUGUAUUCCCAAUUACGUGAACAAGCAACUACUUCCAAUCUUGCUAGUUUUUAUCCGAUUUUAGUGACAUGCUAAUGCUGCUGUCUGAAGUUCCAAUCCAGUGUGCUCAACAAUGUUGAGGUUCAGGCAAUGAGCAGAAUAAUGUAACAUUAUUCAGAAUAAUGCAACAUUUUAAGUGGUAAAAUCCACUUGCUAUAAGUUUAACUAACAACCAAGAAUUAAAGCAAAACACAUUUUGAAAGGGAAUUUGUUUAAAUUAAUUGUUCUGACAUUUAAUAUUGAUGUAGUACAUAAUGUAUUAUAUUUACAACAAUUUAGUCUCUGAUAAUUAAUAACUCCAUUUUUAAAACUGCACUGUAGAUAGACAAUUGGAACAGUUCUUGGCUCACUAAUACAUAUACAGGCACAUGUUUGAUAAAUUCUUCACAAACUAUGUACUUUGGCAAAGAUACUGAAAAUGCAUCAGUAGUAUGAAAGAUCUCAAUAAAUUCUAUUACCAAUAAAAGAAAUCAUUCUCUCAGCAUGACUUAUGAAAUAAAUUUCAUUUUAGCCAUGCCCUAUACCUGGGUACUGGUACAGACUAUAAUAACAAAACUGCUGCAGGUUUCCAUUUUUAUUAACAUUUUGGCCUAAAAAUAUAAUUGCAGCUUGCAGCUCAAGGGCUAAAAGCGAAGGUGAAAUCAAUGUAUUCUGAUCAUUUAGAUUUUGGGACAUUUUUAUUAUGUUAAAAACAUUACAUGUUGUAGAAUGAUUACUUUUCGCAUUGGCUUGCCCUACAAUAAUUGUUGCCUUUUUGUGUGUUUGCUUCUGUCCAAUUAAAAAGAAAUUUGGUUUUGUGUGUUCAGUUUUGUGCAGAACAGUCAUGAGAUACUGGAGGUGGUUUAACAAGGGCUCUCCAGCAUCUUUACACUGCACUUUUGCUGGUCAGUGUGGUUGCUGCGGUCCGUACUCAUUGUUGUGAAGUGUGAUGGAAAUUAAGGAACCAUAGACUUUAGACAACAGCACAAAGGACCAAUUUAUGGUGUCUGUUAGGCAAAUAGUUACAGACUAUUCCUGAAAAUCUUUACAUCAGUGUUGCCACUGGCUUGGCAUGAGUCUUAUGGAAAAGUGUUUUUGUAUAUUUUAGUACUUGCAGUUUAAUAAAACUCUAAUUGGAAUUUCA